AACUCCACACACACAUACAUAGUAGUAAUAAAACAAGGGAAUGGCGGAAAUCAAUGGAUAUACAUCGUUAAUAAUAGGUAUAAUAAUAAUAAUAGUGUGUUCGUCAUCAUCAUAUAUGCAGAUAGCGGAUUGUUUAAAAAAAGAAGGUGGAGUAGCUAGAAAAGAAGACAUCCCGUUUAUUAAAUGUCAAGUUUGUGAGAUACUUUCCAAGGAAUUGUAUCAUCAAGUUCUCCAUAAACAAACCAAUAUCUCUCCCAAGAAGGUAUCGGAGUAUGAUGUGAUUGAGAUUGCCGAGAAUGUAUGCAAUUUGAAGAAGCAAGAAGCUGAUUGGAUCCUUAAGAUUGAUGUCGUAGAGAACGGGGAUAGAUUGGAGUUAGUUGAACAAGAAUCUGAAGGACAAUGUGGCUCGGAAUGCAAAACCAUCGAACGAGCUUGUCAACAGGUUUUAGGAGACUAUGACACGGACGUGGCUGAGUAUAUUUACAAAAAGAAGCCUCAGUUGAGCUCAUUGGUUAAUUUCAUGUGCAAAGAUCUUACCGGAGCAUGUAGUACUAAGCCACCACCAGUUCCUAAGGGUAGGGAGCCAGGGGAGGCUUUUGUCCCAAAGUCAGCAAAAGAAGCUGAAGUGGAAAAGAUGUUAAAAUCAAUGGAGGGCAUGCCCGGAGCACCUGGCAUGAAAAUGUAUUCAAGGGAAGAACUGAUGAGUGGAAAAGGCAUGGACGAUGAAGACGAAGAUGAAGAUGAUGAACCAUCAAUCCCUUCAAAUUUGGGAAAAAUAUUGAGGGAAAAGGAAAGCAGCAAGAAGAAUGUGGGCUGGAAGGAAAAGAUAACAAAAGGGAUAAAAGAUGUUGGUGAAGCAACAAGGAAACAUGCAACAAAAAUGUCUUAUAAGUUACAAAAUUGGUGGAAAGCAAAGAAGGCAAGCUUCACGCAGCAGAAAGUUGAACUUUAGGGCCUAUGCUCUGGUUUUUCAACAGAAAUUUUGUAAUCUAAUUUUUCUUUUCUUUUGGGAGUUGACUUGUAUAAUUUUACAUUUUCUUUAAAAGACACAAUAGGUUAUGAACUAUGCUUUUAUGAGUAUAUUUAACAAUAACAGUUUACAUCA